AAAUGUUAACAGCUUUUUAUUGGGGUAGUAAAGUACAAGUGCUCGAUCUGGAGUCCUGUAGGCCUGGAUUUGUCAAUUCUGACACUUAUGUUCGUCUAAGUGUACUCACUUAAAAAAUGUUAAAGGCUUGUUAAAAGGCUUUUUAAAAUAAUACACAAAACCCGUAGUAUAUGGGCUGGCACAAGUGCUCAUUAAACAGCUGCUUAUUAGAACUCUUAACUAAAAUAUAACCAGGACCUGGGUAUAAACUACGAAUCCCAGAAAGGUUGGACACCCCAACAGCGAUGUGUCUUUCUGGAGGACUCGCAGUUUCGCGGGGCCGAGGCCCUUGGCCCAGGGCAGGUUAAGAGAAGAGGGCACGGAGAGGCGGUAAUGCCUCCACCCCCGGCCUUCGGAAGCACGCUGGCCGGCCUUUAAAUUCCCCACGGUCAGGGUCUUGUCUUUCUGUCCACUCGGACUCCAUCUGCUCCCAAUUCUCAAACUCGGAGGCGCCUCUUUUCUUGACAAGUCGUGCAACUUAGUAGCACGUUUACUUUUCCUAAAACGUGUCAUGUCCCCUUGGCCACACACUGACGAAUGUGACGCCCACAGCCCUUAAAACGCCCACCCGGCAGAACCGAAAUCUAGCCCAACCAAGCAACCGAGAACAAAAUUGACCAGUGCCGCCCCCAAACGCCUACUGAAAGAGUAACUUCCGGAGGCACAGAAGAAAGGGCGCAGCGAGGGCAAUAGGGUGGAGAAGAGUUUUAGCUGGCUAGGACAGUGCCGCCUGAAAUUAUCAGCCUGCCAAGAUUUAAACAUAGAUUAAUGUGGCAUAAUCCCCCAUCUCCAAAGUCCAAGGUCCAUACGACCGUCCAUAGCCCCUCUCGAGGCAGUGGUAGAGUCCCAGCUGGUGAUUGUUUUUCAGGCAUUUACGGUAGCCACCUCAAUCUUCUAGCGCUCAAGCGCGCGCACAGACGUGAACGCCGCCAGAGGGGGGAGGGGGUGGGGCGAUGCUUAAGUGUCCACGCAUCCGUAGUGCGACGCACGCAGGCGUAGUACGGUCCCCCGGGCGACAGCGGUGGCGGCUCCUCGGGGUGCUCGGCUCCCUCCCACUUAGGCCGGCCCCGGCCCGACUCGCCCUCAGAAACUCACUGUUUGGGGCUGCGGACUUUCUCGUCGUGCCCCACAAAAGUAAAGCUUGGGGACCUGGGGGGAGCCGGAAGUAUCGCUUCGAGAUCCCCAAAUACUAUCGGGGAAACGGAAGUGGCCGUCGGUGGCAGGUUUGGGGGAGACCGGAAGUGACGGUCCGUGGGGAAGUCGGGGGCGGAGCCGCGGGGUGGUGGGUGUGUGUGUGUGUGUGUGUGUGUGUGUGUGUGUGUGUGUUUGGCUGUGGGUUAGUUGUGCCGUUCUGCUGGAACACCGUGGGAAGGCAGUAGACGCGGGCAGUCAGCUAGCAGAGACCUGUCGGCCAUGGAGCCUAAUGAUAGUACCAGUACCGUUGUGGAGGAGCCUGACAGCUUGGAGGUGUUGGUGAAGACCUUGGACUCUCAAACUCGUACCUUUAUUGUGGGGGCCCAGAUGAAUGUAAAAGAGUUUAAGGAGCACAUUGCUGCCUCUGUCAGCAUCCCAUCUGAAAAACAACGGCUUAUUUACCAGGGACGAGUUCUGCAAGAUGAUAAGAAGCUUCAGGAAUACAAUGUUGGGGGAAAGGUUAUCCACCUGGUGGAACGGGCUCCUCCUCAGACUCACCUCCCUUCUGGGGCAUCUUCUGGGACGGGGUCUGCCUCAGCCACUCAUGGUGGGGGACCCCCCCCUGGUACUCGGGGGCCUGGAGCCUCUGUUCAUGACCGGAAUGCCAACAGCUAUGUCAUGGUUGGAACCUUCAAUCUUCCUAGUGACGGCUCUGCUGUGGAUGUUCACAUCAACAUGGAACAGGCCCCGAUUCAGAGUGAGCCCCGGGUACGGCUGGUGAUGGCUCAGCACAUGAUCAGGGAUAUACAGACCUUACUAUCCCGGAUGGAGUGUCGAGGAGGGCCCCAACCGCAGCACAGUCAGCCGCCCCCGCAGCCACCGGCUGUGACCCCGGAGCCAGUAGCCUUGAGCUCUCAAACAUCAGAACCAGUUGAAAGUGAAGCACCUCCCCGGGAGCCCAUGGAGGCAGAAGAAGUGGAGGAGCGUGCCCCAGCCCAGAACCCGGAGCUCACUCCUGGCCCAGCCUCAGCGGGCCCAACACCUGCCCCGGAAACAAAUGCACCCAACCAUCCUUCCCCUGCGGAGUAUGUCGAGGUGCUCCAGGAGCUACAGCGGCUGGAGAGUCGCCUCCAGCCCUUCUUGCAGCGCUACUACGAGGUUCUGGGUGCUGCUGCCACCACGGACUACAAUAACAAUCACGAGGGCCGGGAGGAGGAUCAGCGGUUGAUCAGCUUGGUAGGGGAGAGCCUGCGACUGCUGGGCAACACCUUUGUUGCACUGUCUGACCUGCGCUGCAAUCUGGCCUGCACGCCCCCACGACACCUGCAUGUGGUCCGGCCUAUGUCUCACUAUACCACCCCCAUGGUGCUCCAGCAGGCAGCCAUUCCCAUACAGAUCAAUGUGGGAACCACUGUGACCAUGACAGGAAAUGGGACUCGGCCCCCCCCAACUCCCAAUGCAGAGGCAUCUCCCCCUGGUCCUGGGCAGGCCUCAUCCGUGGCUCCGUCUUCUACCAAUGUCGAGUCCUCAGCUGAGGGGGCUCCCCCGCCAGGUCCAGCUCCUCCGCCAGCCACCAGCCACCCGAGGGUCAUCCGGAUUUCCCACCAGAGUGUGGAACCCGUGGUCAUGAUGCACAUGAACAUUCAAGAUUCUGGCACACAGCCUGGUGGUGUUCCGAGUGCUCCCACUGGCCCCCUGGGACCCUCUGGUCAUGGCCAAACCCUGGGACAGCAGGUGCCAGGCUUCCCAACAGCUCCAACCCGGGUGGUGAUUGCCCGGCCCACUCCUCCACAGGCUCGGCCUUCCCAUCCUGGAGGGCCCCCAGUCUCUGGGACACUGCAGGGCGCCGGUCUGGGUACCAAUGCCUCGUUGGCCCAGAUGGUGAGCGGCCUUGUGGGGCAGCUUCUUAUGCAGCCAGUCCUUGUGGCUCAGGGGACCCCAGGUAUGGCUCCACCGCCAGCCCCUGCCACUGCUUCUGCCAGUGCUGGCACCACCAACACAGCUACCACAGCUGGCCCCGCUCCUGGGGGGCCUGCCCAGCCUCCACCCGCCCCUCAACCCUCCACGGCUGAUCUUCAGUUCUCUCAGCUUCUGGGGAACCUGCUAGGGCCUGCAGGGCCAGGGGCUGGAGGGCCUGGUGUGGCUUCUCCCACCAUCACUGUGGCGAUGCCUGGUGUCCCUGCCUUUCUCCAGGGCAUGACUGACUUCUUGCAGGCAACACAGACAGCCCCUCCACCACCCCCACCUCCUCCACCCCCACCACCUGCCCCAGAGCAGCAGACCAUGCCCCCACCAGGCUCCCCUUCUGGUGGCGCAGGGAGUCCUGGAGGCCUGGGUCUUGAGAGCCUGUCACCGGAGUUUUUUACCUCAGUGGUGCAGGGUGUGCUCAGCUCCCUGCUGGGCUCCCUGGGGGCUCGGGCUGGCAGCAGUGAAAGUAUUGCUGCCUUCAUACAACGCCUCAGUGGAUCCAGCAACAUCUUUGAGCCUGGAGCUGAUGGGGCCCUUGGAUUCUUUGGGGCCUUGCUUUCUCUUCUGUGCCAGAACUUCUCUAUGGUGGACGUAGUGAUGCUUCUCCAUGGGCAUUUCCAGCCACUACAACGGCUCCAGCCCCAGCUGCGAUCCUUCUUCCACCAGCACUACCUGGGUGGUCAGGAGCCCACACCCAGUAACAUCCGGAUGGCAACCCACACAUUGAUCACGGGGCUAGAAGAGUAUGUGCGGGAGAGUUUUUCCUUGGUGCAGGUUCAGCCGGGUGUGGACAUCAUCCGGACAAACCUGGAAUUUCUCCAAGAGCAGUUUAAUAGCAUUGCUGCGCAUGUGCUGCAUUGCACAGAUAGUGGAUUUGGGGCCCGGUUGCUGGAGUUGUGUAACCAAGGCCUGUUUGAAUGCCUGGCCCUAAACCUGCACUGCUUGGGGGGACAGCAGAUGGAGCUUGCUGCUGUUAUCAAUGGCCGAAUUCGUCGUAUGUCUCGUGGGGUGAAUCCCUCCUUGGUGAGCUGGCUGACCACUAUGAUGGGACUGAGGCUUCAGGUGGUACUGGAGCACAUGCCUGUAGGCCCUGAUGCCAUUCUCAGAUACGUUCGCAGGGUUGGUGAUCCCCCCCAGCCACUUCCUGAGGAGCCAAUGGAAGUUCAGGGAGCAGAAAGAGCUUCCCCUGAGCCUCAGCGGGAGAAUGCUUCCCCAGCCCCUGGAACAACAGCAGAAGAGGCCAUGUCCCGAGGUCCACCUCCUGCUCCUGAGGGGGGCUCCCGGGAUGAACAGGAUGGAGCUUCAGCUGAGACAGAACCUUGGGCAGCUGCAGUCCCCCCAGAAUGGGUCCCUAUUAUCCAGCAGGACAUUCAGAGCCAGCGGAAGGUGAAACCGCAGCCCCCUCUGAGUGAUGCCUACCUCAGUGGUAUGCCUGCCAAGAGACGCAAGACGAUGCAGGGUGAGGGCCCCCAGCUGCUUCUCUCAGAGGCUGUGAGCCGGGCAGCUAAGGCAGCCGGAGCUCGGCCCCUGACGAGCUCCGAGAGCCUGAGCCGGGACCUGGAGGCACCAGAGGUUCAGGAGAGCUACAGGCAGCAGCUCCGGUCUGAUAUACAAAAACGACUGCAGGAAGACCCCAACUACAGUCCCCAGCGCUUCCCCAAUGCCCAGCGGGCCUUUGCUGAUGAUCCUUAGCUCUUUGCUCUAUGGCCCUUCCUCAUCAGGGGACCGUUUCCCCCCUCUUCCUUCACAGUAUUUAAGAAAUAAAAGUCGGAUUUUUCUGGCUGCUUUCUCUCUA